AUGGAGGAUGAAAUUGAUGAAUGUGUUAGAAAGAAGAUUCAAUGGCCCCAAUUGCCUGGAAAUUUAAAAAAGAUACUUAAUGAUUCUCCUAAAGAAUAUGAAAGAUACAUUUUCGAGUUCAGUAUUAAAAACCAAUUGCGAUACAGAGGAAGCCUAGUGAGAACAGUUAGAAAAGAUGAAAGAAAAUAUUAUGAAGCAUUGAUACAAAACAGCAUACAACGACUUAUGCUUUAUCCAUAUCAUCUAGCCGAUAUGAUUGUAAAAGGAUUACGAAUUACUCCGUUCAUAUAUUAUAUUGAAGUUGUUGCUCUAUUAAUUGAGAUGGAGAAGAGUUAUGACACAAUGCCCAACUUUACUGCUGCUGAUUGUCUCCGCUUACUUGGAAUUGGUCGUAAUGAAUAUCUUGAAUUAGUAGCAAAAGCUCGAUCUUUGGGAAGACGUGGGAGGUCUAGAGCAAUCAGGUCGUUAUUACCAAGAGUUCCUCUCAACAUACCAAUGCAACCAUGGUGGAGAGUGGAAUUAGGAUAUGUUCUAGAAGAAGAUGUGAAGCCUCUAGGUGAGAACGAGAAGGCAGUUAUUGAUUUGCUAAUUGACCGUGGCUCACAAACAGCUGGUACUCUCGAUUACUAUGUUGUCAAGACACUCUACAGGCGAGGCCUAAUAUAUCUAGAUGUACCAAUCACAGCAGCAGACAAAGUAUCGGUGCCACCGCUCAAAGGGUUCGUAAUGAAUCGCAUAGCCGGAGAUUACUUCGAGACUCUUCUAUACAAAGUGUUUGUGUCCAUUGAUGAGCACACCAGCGUCGCUGAGCUGGCAAGUGUAUUACAGGUGGAGUGCGAGCUGGUGAAGCAGGCGGUGUCGCUGUACUGCCGGCUGGGCUUCGCGCGCCACCUGCAGCCGCCGCCGCUGGCCGCGCAGCACGCGACCUGGCGGCACGCGCUCACCGCGCACACGCACCAACCAUACCGUCAAAUUGCACCGUUGACAUUCGAUCAUAGCAUUGAAGAAGAUUUACAAAUGGAGCCAGUACUUAUUAAAGAUGUGCCUUCUACAUCUAAACAGCGACCUCCAACAGAUAUAUGUGAAUCUCCAAACAGCAAUAGUGGACAAAGGGUUGCGGUGCUUUUUGAUUCCACCCUGGCUGCUUAUCUUAUGAUGGGCAAUCUAUCUCCUGAUCUCAAAAGUCAUGCAGUCACUUUAUUUGAAGUUGGAAAACUGUGUGACGAGAGUCUGGACAGUUUACUUAUGGAAUUGGAUAAGGUGGUCGGAGAUCCGGAGAUAGAAGGCGAGGCGCGGCGCUACCUGGCGGCGGCGGCGUGCCUGCGCGCGGCGCUGCGCACGCUACGCCCGCACCUGCGCCCGCUGGACCUGCUGCGCUGCGAGGCGUUGCACGCGCUCGACGCGCCCGCUCGCGCCAGGCUAUUGGCUACUAAGUACAGGCUGGCAGUGUCCACGGCGCCGCUGAGCCGCGAGGCGCGCGCGGGCGCGGCGGCGGGCGCGCUGCCGCACUUGGGCCCCGCGCCGCCCGAGGCCGCCUCGCCCUGGAUGCGCCUCUACCUCUACCACGUGGCCGGCUACGGGCCUCCCACACUGCUGCUUACUAAGGGCACGGUGUUGCGCGCGGUGCCGCGCUCCCUGCUGGGGUUCGCGCGGCUGGCGGUGUCGUGGUGGGGCGCGGAGGGCGAGGCGGCCGCGCUGCCCGCCGCCGCCGCGCUGGCCGCCGCCAACUCGGCGCUGCGGCGCGCGCCCGUGCUGCUGCAGGCGGCCGGCGUGCGCGCCGCGCCGCCGCUCCUGCACCUGCCCUUCCCCCCCGCUGACGGUGAUGACGAUGAGCAGCAGAGCCUGUGGCGCCGGCACGCAGGGCUGCGGCGGCUACUGCGGCGCCUGCGCCUGGCGCGCUCUGCCGGCUACGUGACGCUGGCCGACAUCGGCGUGCCCGACCUGGGCUGCGCGCACCCGCCGCCCGCCGUGCACCUCGUGACACCGAGAAAAAAGAAAGAUACGUGCGGAGUCGCGAAACCGGUCAGCGAAAUAUUAAUCUCCUCAACCGAAUCCCAAAAAGAAACUGCAGAGUAUACAAAAACAAUAAAUAGUAGACUUCAAUCGCCCAUAGAAUCCCAUUUCGCUGUUUCACCCACUACCGACAGCAAAACGAGUUCGCCGUCGAACGGCUUUACAAGCGUAGAAAGUGGGCGGUUACUAUGCGAGGAGUUAGAUAAUCUAAACAUCGAUACUCACGAAAGUAAAGAAUCUAUCGCCAGUGACGAUUUUGUACCGAUACAUUCCUCGACCAGUGUUGAGAAUAUGAAAGAGAAACAUUCAAUAGACAAUAGUAAGGAGUCGAUAGUCGACGAGCUGGCCUCGAUACAGUCGCCGGUGAGUUUUAGUGAGAAGAAAGUGGAAAGUCAGUUGAGCGAUUUGCUGAGUCCAGUGGAGGAGUCGAUAUCCAUGUUCACGCAGCUGUCCGACAAGCUGGCGGAGGUGACGGCGGAGGGCGACAGCGGAGUCGACACUGCACACAACUAUUCCGACGAUGAGACUUGUAAACCUGAGAAAUGGACCAUUUUAGACCUCCAAUUUGGUAUUCCGUUAUUCGAUGAGGAUUUAUGUGAAAGAGUGUGUAAGAGUAUUGUUGAGAGGGUAGCGAAGGCUGAAUUAUUAGAAAAAGUGAAAGAAGAUAAUGAAUUCGUAAGGUCAGACGUAUUGAAAUUUGUUUCGCAGUGUCAGUAUUAUCCUGGAGAAGAUAUGGGAAUUGUGAAACGUGGGACUCUAGUUCCUCUACCGAGAAAGAAUCUAGUGUUUGAAAAUGGACGGAUCAGUGAGUGGAAUGGAAAG